UCGGCAAAUGACGUAAAAUUGAAAUGUCAAUGUGGUUUUAGAAAUAAACAUAAACAAAUCGAAAUUAAUAAUUAUGACCAAAAAAUAUGAAGAUGUUAAUCUAUACGAACUACUUGGCAUUGAGCCCGAAGCUCAAGAACAUGAUAUUCGUAAGGCGUACCGUAAAAAGGCUUUGGCAUGCCAUCCCGACAAAAACCCUGACAAUCCCAAGGCAGCAGAACUGUUUCACGAACUAUCAAAUGCUCUUCAAGUACUAACAGAUACUGCAGCCAGAUUGGCGUAUGAUAAGGUUUUAAAGUCAAAGAAAGCUGCAGAGAUCCGCCAUAAACAAUUGGAUAGUAAACGACAAAAACUAAAGGAAGAUUUACUACUUCGGGAACAAGAGGCAUUGCAUGCCCAAUACUCGCGUCGUUCAUCUUCAUACACGGUGGUGCAAAAAACCGACGAAGAAAUUCUACAGGAGCAGAUAGAAAGAUUGCGCAGAGAGGGCUCCCGCCUUUUGGAAGAGGAACAAAGAUUGCUCAGGGAGCAAUUGCAAACUUCGUUUGCAGAUCAAGCUCAGAAAAACAGACAGAGCGAAGAAGCCCAAUGCUAUCGCUUGAAAAUAAAGUGGAAUUCGAACGGCGGAUACACAGAAGAUAAAUUAAUGACUUAUAUGAAAAAAUAUGGAGACGUAGUUGCUUUGGUAAUGAGCAAAAAAUGUGGAAGUGCAUUGAUAGAAUUCAAAACUUUGGAGGCAGCUGAAUUGGCUUUGGCAUACGAAAAGGGCGCACUGGAAAAUCCUCUGCGGAUCGAAUGGGUAGAUGCAUUUCGAAAAGAAGCUAACUCAAGGAAAACUCAAACUCCAAAUUCCACUAUCGACUAUGAAGAUCUUGUAAUGCGAAAGCUCAGACAAGCAGAGGAACGGAAACGGCUGAUAGAACAAAUGCAAAAGGAGGAUGAAUUAGAAUAAGUAUUACAUAAAAUAAAUUACAUUAAAUUAUUGCAUCAGUUUGGAAACACAAUCAUACAUGGAUAA